AUGGUGAAGUCGUACGACAGAUACGAGUUUGAGGACUGCUUUGGCAUUGUCAACUCGAAGACUUCCAACUGCGUUUUUCUGAACUACAGCAGUAUUUUGUCAGGGCAUGAUGAAUGUGUAGGCCUAUGGAAUAUACAGGAGAAGGAAAUAAAGAAGAAGCUCACGGUGCCGUUCACAGCUCCGUAUUAUUAUUUCUCCUACCAUGUGACGCACAUAUGUGUAAACCCGAAGAAUAAGAAUAUGGUUGCGGUGGGGUAUGUUAAUGGAUGCAUCAAAGUGUUUGACCUAGAAUCGAACAAAGUAACUUCUACCUUCUCAGGCCAUACAUCAGCCAUAAAUAAAUUGAAAUUCAAUGAGGACGGAAAUUAUUUGUGUUCAUGUGGAAAGGAUACCAAUGUGAUACUAUGGGACGUGGUGAAUGAUCAAGGACUAUUUAAAUUAGAAGGACACACCAAUGUCGUUAACGACAUUGAAUUUUUGAGAAGAAAAAAUAAUUAUGUUGAUAAUUUUGUUAAUAAUAAUUUGCUGAUCAGUGCAUCCAAAGAUUGCCUCAUUAAGGUAUGGGAUUUAAACAUUCAGUUGUGUGUACAGACUGUGGUCGACUGUGAAGAAGAAAUUACUUCCAUCCUGAUUAACGAAACGAACACGAGGUUAAUCGUCGCUUGCAAUGCACACAUAAAGAUUUACAAAAUUGACAUCCACGUUGGUGAUAAGGAUAAGUUUAGUAGUACCUCCAAGGUGUACCUCACCUUCCUAACUUCCAUUAAGCGUACAAGCAACAGUCGAAUACAAAAUAUGAAAAUGAUUUUUCUUGUUGAAAAUGAGAGCUACUAUGAUAGCCUCGAGGUGCAAGAGGAACGUCUGCUCUAUGAGGAGGACGAUGAGGAGGUGGACGACGACGAUGAGGAGGAGGUUGCUAACAACCCUAAUGAUGGGAAAAUGAAGGGGAAAACUGAAAGCCGCACUAAACCCAAUUCGAACGACGAGACAGAUAAGCACAUUUUAAGUGUUAUAAAGAAAUCACUCAACAAGUCGGUGAAAUUGUGUAACCGAAGCAACUACUGCGCUGAUGGGGACAACAACGGGAUCCUCCUCUGCUGCACCAAUGUAAAAAAAAUCGAGUUGUACAAAAUAAACUCUGUGAAGAAUCAGAAGAAAUCAGAAAAGAAUAGAAAAAAAAGAAUUGUAGAAAAAUUAAAAAAAAAAAAAAAAGCUAUUUUGAAAGAAGCCAAAAGGAUAGAAAAGUUUAAAGGAACCCAAAGUACAGAUUUUAUGAACUUGAUGGAGAAUGUGAAAAGUGUGGAGGAAGAAAUGGCUGUGCAUGGCAAGUAUCAUUUCCAUACAGCCAAUGAUGAGGUAAAGUUUUUGUUUCAUUACAACUGCAGGUACAGAUUGCAGUACCUGGAUGUGUACCGCAGGAGGAAGAGGGACUCCUACAUCUACCUGCUUGCUGCGUACGUUACGAACCGUUUGAGCGUAUUCGAGGUGAACCUGCUGGACGUGUUGACUAAAAGGGAUGAGUUUGUCGUCAGGGCGGGUGAACAACACGCUGGUGACCAAAAUGAUGCACAAGCGGGUGAUGAUGAGGAGGAUGACGACGAGGAGGAUGAAGAAGCAGAUGAUGGUAACGAAGGAGAUGGUGAUGACGCCGAUGAAGAGGAGGAAGACCAUGGGGAUGACGAUGAGGAGGAGGAAGAGGAAGAGGAAGCUCGCGGCGACCCCGUCGCGCCUGCCAAAAUCGUGGAGAAAAAAAUAUACGACUAUUCAAAGUGCUUCAAGGAGACGUGCGACAUAAACAAGGGGCACAACAGCACGGUACAAUUUCUGAGCCUAUCCGAGAACAACGAGCUGCUGGUGUCCAUCUGCAAGAAAUACGUGAAGGUAUGGAGCAUGAGGACCUUCCAGAAUACCAUCACGAUCAACCUGGAGGGAUGCACGAACGCGCUGUUUUGUGAGGAUGACGAGUAUAUGCUGAUUAGCGAUGACACUGGGUACAUUUACCUGUACGAGUUGAGGAACAUUGAAGUGAGGCACUCGUACAAGGCGCACGCGAAUGGCAUCAUCAGCAUGUGCAAGAAUGUGAAACAGAAUCGGUUUUUGUCUGUUGGGGAGGAGAGCUACUUGAAGGUUUUUGAGUUGUGCUGGCGGGAGGUGGGCGAUGAAUCGAUAGGAGAAUCGAGCGAUGAAGAGGGUGAGCAGAGGGAGGGCGCCGCAUUGGAUAAAGCAGAUAUGAAAGUGAAGAAGCGGCGACGAAUAAACUCAUCGGGGGAAGCCCAAUCGGAUGAGUUACAAUCCGAGGGGGAGAUGAAGGGGCAAGCAACCCAACUAACUUUCAACGAAGUCGACUGCUACAACCUAACCGACAAAGUGAGCUGCGCAAUUUACUCGCCAAACGGAAAAUACAUUUGUGUGGGUUACCUGAACAACCUAAUAGAAGUACUAUACAGUGACACGCUAAAGCUGCACCUCACCUUGUAUGGGCACAGCCUGCCCAUCACGUGCAUGGAUAUAACAAACGAUAACACGGUGUUGGCGUCCAGCUCAGCAGAUAAGUUUCUGUUCUUCUGGAAUUUAGAAUAUGGUAGCAUCACCAAGAGGAUGCAUACCCACUGUGAUGUGUUGACCAGAGUGCAUUUCUUUAACCAGAGUAAUAAUCUGAUUAGUGUGUCUAGGGAUGGGUUCAUAAAAAUGUGGGACGCAAUAAAAUUUCAGUGCAUCUGUACCAUGGAUGGAAAUUUUGGAGUCCUGACAUGCAUAGCUAUAAAUGUACAAGACAAUUAUUUCUUAACAUCAGGAACGCACAGAAGCAUUAGAUGCUGGAUGAGACGAGAAGAUGAUUUUAUUUUCUUAGAAGAAGAAAGAGAUAAAGAAUUGAAUCUUCAAAUUGAAAAGGAAGCCAUUAGAAAUGAUAUAUCCUACCCAUCCUCUGUGGAAAAAAAUGCUCUACUUACUAAAGCCACUAUUAAAACAAUCGAAACCAUAAAGUCUUCUGAAAAGUUAAUUGAGUAUUUGGAUCUAGUUGAAGAGGAAUUAACCCUAAUUGAUGUUUAUUACAAAAAUUUAACAGAGUAUGAAGAAGCUAAAAGGAAAAAUGAACUUCCUGAUUUUGUUCAACCUCCAAAUAAAGUGAAGCCAAGACCAGAACUGCUAAAUAAAAAUCCCUUUGAAUUCAUCAUUGAGGUUAUGUGUAAUAUUAAAAAAAACGUUCUACAUGAAGUGUUAAUUUCUUUACCUUUUUGCUAUGCAUAUAGGUUGCUAACUUAUAUAAAGACCUAUUUGACGGCAUUUUAUUUUUUUCAGCGUAUUCAGAAUGAGUAUGGAAAAUUUAAAAUUUGUGGAGAAUUCAGUUUCCAUGUAGAGUAUUCUAUCAACAUCGUCCUAUCUAUUGUGAAUAUAUAUCGGAACCAGUUUUUGUUUGACGUGAAAUUUAGGUUCCUCCUCUAUGAACUACACCAACUCAUAAUCCCGCAUCUCAGGAAGUCCCUCGACCAGUGCGCCUUCAACCAAAGCACCCUCAGCUUUCUCCUCCACGCGCAGGAGGAUGAGGAGCUGGACGGUCAGGCGGUCCUGUAG